AUGGCGGCGCUGGCUACCCGGUCCUGUCUUCGGCUGCGGCUCCUCGUCUCCUGGCUAAAGCCCCGAGUCGUGGCUGCUGCCGCCUACGGUACCUCAAUAAAUUCUGCUAAAGUGGAAGUGAAUGGUGUCCAUCUGCAUUAUCAGCAAACUGGAGAGGGAAAACAUGCAGUUCUGCUACUUCCUGGAAUGUUAGGAAGUGGAGAAAGUGAUUUUGGACCCCAGCUCAAGAACUUGAAUAAGCAGCUGUUCACUGUAGUAGCCUGGGAUCCUCGGGGGUAUGGACAUUCCAUUCCUCCAAAUCGUGAUUUCCCUGUGGACUUCUUUGAAAGGGAUGCAAAAGAUGCUAUUGACUUGAUGAAGGCACUGAAAUUUAAAACAGUUUCUUUGCUGGGAUGGAGUGAUGGUGGGAUAACAGCCCUCAUUGCAGCUGCAAAGUACCCAUCUUAUAUCAACAAGUUGGUAAUUUGGGGAGCAAAUGCAUAUGUUACUGAUGAGGAUGAAAUGAUUUAUCAUGGCAUCCGAGAUGUUUCAAAGUGGAGUGAGAGAGCAAGAAAACCUCUGGAAGUACUCUAUGGACGUGAAUACUUAGCCAAAACCUGUGAGAAUUGGGUGGAUGGAAUAUUGCAAUUUAAAGAUCUCCCAGAUGGUAACAUUUGUCGGCAUUUGUUACCCCUUGUUAAGUGUCCUACUUUAAUAAUACAUGGUGAGAAAGAUCCUUUGGUUCCACGUUUUCAUGCAGAUUUUAUCCACAAACAUGUUAAAGGUUCACGGUUAUAUCUGAUGCCAGAAGGCAAGCACAACCUGCAUUUGCGCUUUGCAGAUGAAUUCAACAAACUAGUACAAGACUUCCUACAGUAAAAAAAAAAAAAAAAAAAAAAGUUGGGCAAAAACUUUAUGGGUUUUAUAUACAGUUAUCUUUAAAUCAUGUUGGAAAUUGCAUCUUUUUUAAAAAAAUUAUCAAUCAUCCCUGUUGAGGGAGUACCUUAAUUUUGUGGCAAUGGCUACACUUCCCCCCCCCCCAAAGUAAAUCUUACUCAUAAAAUUUCCAAUAAAUUGCUUGUGAAUUCCUAUCAGAACUUUCAUUUCUUCCUAUACAUUCACUUUAGUUCCAAAUAAACUGUUGUACACUGAA